UAUCUACUGUCACAGUAUUUUGUAUACAGAAAUACUGUGCUACUGUUUAGUAUUGCGAACCUCUCGGCGCGAAAUAUUGUAGAUUAUGUGAGACUCAUUCAAAACUUACAAUUAUCUAUCAAAUUUUAGUUUUUUCCUCAUAAUCUGUUUAAAUUUUUUUUUUCGAGCAGGAAUAACACUGGUGGUGGUGACUGCCUCACAGAAUAUUCGAACAUAAGAUUCGGAAUUGAACAGUAAACAAUAUUUCCUGAAUAACAAGCAAUGUUAUGAUUAAUACACCACAGUUAGUUAAAAGUCAUAAAUUAUGAACAAAACUACGAUUUAUAACAAAUUGUUUUCAACAAACCAUCAGACCCUUAGGAGAUUUUUCAGAUGAUGAAAAUAUAUGAAUUAAUUUCCACUACGAGACUUUCCCUAUCACCUGAGGUUGAAAAUGGUUGAAAUAUAGUUAAUUUCUGAACUUCAUUCCGCAUUCUCGAGAGUCUCUUUGCAAGAACUGGAUUUGAGGAUUGUAAUGAGAAAAUCAGCCCGAAAAUGUCUGGAGAUUUUUUUGUUUAUUGUGAUUUCUUUCAUUCUUGGUUCCAUGUUUACUUUGAGUGUGAUGCCUAUUGACAAAACGUGUAUGCUGCAAGACUCGGACAGAGAAUACAACGUAAUGCAGAAUGAAAAAUUUAGAAAUCCCGAACUCAUCAUUUUGAUUUUAUCGGCUCCUGACAAUCUCGAAAAAAGAAACACAAUCAGAAAUACAUGGUUGAAAUCAAUUCCUAAUACAAACCAAAGAAGCAAUAGGUAUGAAAAAUUUGUUUUUAAACAUUACUUUGUAAUAGGUAGUUUGGGGCUCACUGCCACUCAAAACCAACAGUUUAUCAUCGAACAAAUGGAAUUUAAGGAUAUUUUGAUGCUACCUCUUCACGAUUCCUAUAAGAAUUUAACUGAAAAAGUGAAACGAAGUUUCCAGUAUUUGGAUGAUCAAUACGAUUAUGGCUUGGGAUUCAAGUAUGUGCUGAAAUGUGAUGAUGAUAGCUUCGUUAAUUUGAAAAAUCUCAUACCUGAGCUAAUGAAUAUUGAAAAAAUGUAUAUUAGUGAAAAUUCAGAGAGGACAUUAGAAAAAAUUGAAGAAAAGAAUCAUAUUUUGUCCCUCAAUGUGCAGACUGAUGGAAAAAUAGCCAAAAAUGAAUUGAGUUUGUACUGGGGUUAUUUUUCUGGCAAUGCAAGAAUUAAAACCAAGGGAAAGUGGAAACAAAGUGAUUGGAUUGCCUCUGACCGAUAUAUUCCAUAUGCUGUUGGUGGUGGAUAUUUGCUGUCUAAGAAUUUGAUUUCUUACAUUGCAAAGAAUGCUCAUUACUUGCGGUCUUUCAACAACGAGGACGUAAGCGUUGGAUUCUGGUUGGCACCAGUGAAUAAUGUCCUUCGUGUACAUGACGUUAGAUUUGACACCGAAUGGACGUCAAGAGGCUGCAAAAAUAGCAAUCUUGUUACCCACAGUAUAUCACCUUCUGAAAUGGUGAAGCUUUUCAAAAACUUAGUGAAUAGUGGACUGAUGUGUUUGGAACAAACGAUGAAAAGAAAGCAUUACCUGUAUGAUUGGAAAGUUCCUCCCAGUCAAUGUUGCAAGACUGGUGAUAAUGUAAUCAAAUUAACAGGCAAUUGAGGGGUAUGAAUGUGUUUAGUAUGUAAGUUUCACAUGUAAACAAAGGAAAUGUGAGUGGUUAUUCAAAUUUAUUCAUUAAAGAUGUUAGAAUAUUUAUAAUCCUA